GGCCGCGGGGCGGGGCCGGGCCUUCACGUCAGGCCAAGGCGGCCCCCCAAGUAGCCGCGGGGCAGCUGAGCUAGACCUUCCUGCCCUGGUCACGGGCCGUUCGUUUCUCUACCUCGCUUAGUUGCUGGGCCAGAACAUGCCCAGGUGGUCAUGGUCAUGGUGGCUCCUCUUGGUGUCUGAGCUCACUCGAGUGUGUGGCGCCACUGUGAGCCUCGCUGCCCCUCUGAUGGUGAAACUUGAGAAUGGUGACUCCAGAAAUGUCACCAUCACUCUGGGGGCUCCACUGGACGUAGCCUCAGUGUUAAUGCUGGACGUCCUCUACGUUUCCAAAAAUAAAACCAUCCUCGAGUUUCCUCAUGAAGUCGUGGUGCCAGCGUGGCAGAAGGCUUUCUUUUUCUCUGUGACCGGGCGCGACGUGGGCCAAGUGACUCUGGGUCUGAGCUUGGACCGCUCCAACCAGACCAGGACCCCCGUCCACUUCCUGGUGUUUCGCAGCCGUGCUCUGGAGUGGCUCAGCCAGGUCAUUGGAUGGAUCUACUUUGUGGCCUGGAGUGUCUCAUUCUACCCGCAGGUGUGCGAAAAUUGGAGACGCAAAAGCGUGGUCGGCCUGAGCUUUGACUUCAUCGCCCUGAACCUCACGGGCUUCAUAGCGUACGCCGUGUUCAACGUCGGCCUCUUUUGGGUGCCCUACAUCAAGGAGCAGUUUCUACGCGAACACCCCACAGGAGUGAACCCCGUGGACAGCAAUGACGUCUUCUUCAGCCUUCACGCUGUGGUCCUCGCCCUGGUGGUCAUUGGGCAGUGUUGUCUGUACGAGAGAGGCGACCAGGCGGUGUCCCGGGCCUGCACGGGCUUCCUGGUGCUGUCCUGGCUCUUUGCGCUCGCCGUGAUGCUUGCGGCCACUGCGGGGGCUGUCAGCUGGCUGCAGUUCCUCCUCUGUUUCUCCUACAUCAAACUGGCCAUCACACUCGUCAAGUACUUCCCACAGGCGUGCCUGAACUUUCGCCGGAAGAGCACAGAGGGUUGGAGCAUUGGCAACGUGCUGCUGGAUUUCACGGGAGGCUUCUUCAGCCUCCUCCAAAUGUUCCUCCAGUCCUACAACAACGGCUCUGGCCACCGUUCACAGGUUCUGAGGCGCAUUUCUAGUAGCAUCGUGCCAGAGGAGGGAGGAGGGAAGGGAGCACAGCCACCCUGGUGCCUGCUGUCUGUCUGUCGCUGCUCUGUCCAAGCAUCCCAGCCCAGGGCUCCUUCCUAGCCUGCAUGCUGAUGCCUCUGCCCGAAGCUGCUAACCAGGCAGGGCCUGGCCUGAGGCACAGUCCCACAGCUUUUUGGGGGGAGGCGGCUGUCUUACCAAGCUUUAAUCAGCUGCCCCUGCAUGACCACACUCCCAAAAGCAGGUUUUUUGGGGGGUGGGGAACCUCGGGCUCCACAGACAUGCACACACACGCACGCACGCACACCAGACAUCCACACACACCAUCCACACACCCUCAGUGCACCCAGCCCACGUGCCUGCCCACCCCUCUGUCCUUCCUGCUCCACGUGGGUGUAAGGCUGUGCCCUUCCCCGGGCCCUGGGUGGCCACCGGCCCCCGGCUCUCUGCUGUCUCCCUGUCCCCCUCCUGCUUCUGCUUCAGGAAGCUCUGCAAUGAUGGUGGUGGUUUGCGGACAUGAUUUUUUUCUACUUCCUAUGUAUUUUAUUUUUAAAAGAUCAGUGUAAGAAAUCUACCGUUUUAAAUUAAAACUAACAGUUAAUUUUUCAUA